CACACAUGCACACACCAAUCUGCACCCCUGUGUGCCAUCCCAUUUAGCGCCUGGGCUUUUAACACAUUGUGAUACGGCUAUUAUUAGAAGCGAUGGAUUAUCAAUCAGGAAUUAAUCCUGACUGAUGUGUUUUCCUCAACUGGAAAAGGACCACACUCAAAGCUCCACUGUUUGUUUUCAUCUGUGUGAUGAGAGGAGAUGUUUCUUUCUUUUCUCUCCUACGGGAGGUGACAUGAGAGAGGAGAGGAUUUUCUUAUUUUUCACUUUUUGUGAUCAAACCACUCCUUCUACCACCUUCAGGACGUGAGGAGACCACUGAGGAAGACAUCCAUUUGUUUGGCUCCUUCAGUCAAUCAUCUUCCGCCCUCGUCCUCGCCUCUUUGCCUGACUGGCUGCUGAGCUGACUGACUGCUUGGAUGGUUGGCUCCCUCUCUCUCUGGACUCUCUGGCAGUUCACUCAGACAGUGCACGAGCUUCGCUGAGGCAGGAGUGGAGAGAGACUGUCGGGCUGCUCAGGGCUUGGAAAAGUGGGAUCUGUGCUAGAUUUCUCUCUCUGUCUGUUGUGGUGGACUGUUAGAUGAGAGCAGGGGAAAUCUCUGUCCAUCUCUCCUCCAGCACAGACCACUGACCGUCACUACUGUGCUGCAUCCAUGACUUUACAUACCUGGCUGGUGUAUGGGUUUGGAUUUAUCUUGGUUUGGACACUCUGCUUGGCACAAGUCCAGGGGCUGCAGUGCUAUGGCUGCAACAUCAUCCAGGGUCAGAGAUACGUGGACGUGGGCUGCUCCAACCCCGAGGUCAUCACCUGCACCCACUCACACAAGGGCUUCAAACACCGUUUCUGCAUCAAGACAGAGAGCACGGCUCUCGGUAUCGUCCUGACCAGUGGCUGUGCUACGUCCAGACACUGCCAGCAACAAGAGCUGCCAGGGGUGCGAAUCCACUGCUGUGACUCAGACCUAUGUAACAGCACCCCCCUCUGGCAUCCCACCACACUCCACUACAUCUGCGCACUGUUCAGCCUCCUGCUGCUGAGGAUGUGGUUGUGACAUGGGAUCACACCAAAACAUCAGUGGACUAUUCUCUUUAGCUGCUUAGGAGUUUUGCUCGGUGUGGUGUUACUGGUGAGCCCCUCGGAACAGCUUUGGUCACACUGUUAGCUUGGACUCGCGGUGAGAGCGAAGGUUAAAUAUCCCUGUGAAUAAGUUUGAUGAAAAUAAUGACAAAGCAGCUUGCAGUCAUCAGUGAAUUCAUUGUGCCCAUCCACUCACUCAGAUAUAGCUUGAAGUAUGCAGCAUCUGUUGCCAUGACAGCAUUAUCUUUGUUAGCGUCAUCAUGUCAGUUCAUAAAUUGUUUUCACCUUAUGUGAGAAACUGCAGAAGCACACUGACUUCAGGUUUAUAGACACAUUCUUUUUCUCUGCUGAGGCUUUUUCAUGAUCAAAUCUUUCUGUGGUUUGUUAUUUUAAAGUCACAGGCUGUUUACUUUGCAAAAUGAAAGAUAUUUUUUUUAGUUCGCUGUGCAGUCCUACAGGCCCGACUCUGGAAAGCACACUGCAUGUGGUUAUUCUAUGUACGAUUGUAAGACAUAUUGUUCAGUGGAAGCAUGUAACGUUGUGAAUUAUUAUAUUAAAAUGUUUCAUACUUUUCAAUAGAAAACUGAUUUGAACUCUGAGGUUUUGUUUUAGCAAGACAAGCCAUGACUGUCACAUAAUACACAUAAUCACAGCAGUCUGAAAUUAAAGAACUGGAAUUAAAAUGAUUGGCUGAUUUUAUUUGAACUGACUGCCUUAAACAGUAGACCAUGUUAUUGGGAAAGUGUUUCAUAGUUGUAUUUUAAAAUGUGUAAAGCUGACAUAAAAUAAAUGAAAGAAAAGUACUAAUACAAUAAAACAGAAUUAUGAUGGAAUAUUUUAGUGUGACCAUAUGAGGUAAGGUAAUAUUUAUCAGCCAGCAUUAAUGCACGAACAUUAUUAAAGGCAUUUUGGUAGCAUAGUAACAAUUAAUUAUGUUACAUGUUUUGUGUUUUGCCAUUUACAAAAGAAAACGUAAAUGCUGUAGUCACAGAAAAACAGAGCUGGAGAAGAAAUCCCAUCUAUCUUAAGGUUAUUAUUUGGCAGAAUGGAUGCCAUCCAGCUCCAAACAGCUCACAGCCCUACUUUCCUUAUGCUGAUUGUUCUCUCUGAAUUAAAAAGAUAUUUUUCCAGUUAACACACUGACAGAUUCCCUACAAUCAUGUGUGAAGCCAACCAACACAAGACAAAUGUAAUCCACAAAAAAAAAAAAAAGGAAAAGAAAAAUUGCAAUGUACCUUACUGGAACCAUAUGCCAUGUAUUAUAUCCUAAGAAUCAACACUAUGACCUAUUGCAUCCACUUAAUUAAAUACACGGCUGCAUGAUUUGAAAACAUAUUUUACUAAUUUAGAUAUUCCUUUUAAGUUGCACACAUUAUUUUGAUGGAUUGGGCUGACAUUAUAAUGUUGGUAAUUGUAUCAACUUAAUAUUGUGUCAUUUAGACUAAAAUUUUUGCAAUGGUUGAUUUAAAACUAAACUUCAGUUGAGUUGUCUUAAUUUUUCUUCACAUUGAUUCAAGAUUUCAGGUCCCAUUUCCUAACUUGGACAGUUUUAGAGGGUUCAGACCGGUAAAUAAAAAUAUCUGUGAUUGCAGAGGAAAAGCUAGUUCUUCUGAUUCAGUGUAGUUUGGUGGUUGAACAAGUAUAAUAAUAUGAAUAAUAAUUAUUAUAUGAAUGAUAAUAAAACAUUUGACAAUAAAAAGUUUACAUAGUUCAGAAAGAUUGGUGUGUUAUCUUGUUGAGCCCGAAGAUUAUUUUUUUAGAGAGUAAAACAAAUGUUCAAAUUAACUGAGAUAGUUAUUAUUUUUCUUGUAAACCCAAUAAAAUUGUUUUAUUUUACUGUU